AUGAGCGUUCAUAUAAAUAAAACUGUUCUUAUUACUGGAGCUUCUGGUGUACUAGGUCGAAAACCAGAUGCAAUUGUUCAUUGUGCUGCUGAACGUAAACCUGAUGAAUUCGAAAAAAAUCCAACAAAAUCAAUGUUUCUUAAUGUUGAAGUAACUCGUAAUCUAGCUGAAUUAGCUGCUAAAGAAAAUAUAUUCUUUAUUCUUAUUUCAACUGAUUAUGUUUUUGAUGGAAAAAAUCCACCCUAUAAAGAAGAUGAUAUUCCUAAUCCACUUCAAGCUUAUGGUAAAAGUAAAUAUGAAGCAGAACAAGUAACACAAAAAAUAUCGAAAGAUCAUCUCAUACUUCGCGUACCGUUACUAUAUGGUGAAGUUGAAACAUUAGAUGAAAAUGCAGUUACUAUUCUAUUCAAAAACAUUAGGAAUACAACAACUCGAGUCAAAAUGGAUGAUGUUCAGAUUCGUUAUCCAACUUAUAUUGGUGAUGUAGCUGAAGUUUGUUUACAAUUAUGUGAACAAAGAAUUAUACAUAAUCGAAAUGAAGUUCAUGGUAUAGUUCAUUUUUCUGGUACAGCAAAAUAUACAAAAUUUCAAAUGGCAUUACUUAUUGCUUCGCUUUUUCAAUUACCUAUUGAUCAUAUUGAACGUGAUCAAGGCAUAGGCACAAAUGUAAAUGUUCAACGACCUGAUAAUGCAGCAUUAGAUAGUAGUAAAUUAUCGAAUGAACUUGGCAUUUAUAUUAAUCAAGUAAAAUUUGAAACAACAAUUAAACAUUGUCUUGAACCAUUUAUUUAA